GAUUAUCUACUUUAAAAGCUUACAAAUAUAUUCAAAAAGUGUUGCAAAAAUGAAUUUUCAUUGUCAAUGCGUCCUGGUUCAUUAUAUCGUGCUUAUAGCCUUAAAAGACAUUUAUGUGUGGUCUCAAAACAUGACAUAUGAAAACAAUGGAUUUCAUCAAUCAUCUGGAAUAUGUCAACUGUAUACCGGAACGAUUUGUCAAGACUUUUUGAAAAAUGCUCACGUUUUUAUAGAUCCAAAUGUGACCAUUAAUGACUUAGAGGAACGAUUAAAAGCCGCAUAUGGAGUGAUCAAGGAAUCAAAGGAUAUGAAUUCAAAUUGUCGAAAAUAUGCGUUACCGAGCCUAUGCUUCAGUGCACUGCCGAUUUGUAGAACUCCCGAACGGACUAAUUUACUGUAUUUUGCCAAUGUCGCUAUGAUAACCAACAAAUACAAUGGAAAUAGUACGCGAAAAAGAAGAUUCGUUUCAAAAGACACAAAGACUAUGCAUCUGUUUCAUAAAAAAAAAUCAGUUUACUUUAACGAUGUAUUCACCACGGAUGUAUCAAGCAAAUAUCCACCGACCAGAGAGUCUGAAAAUUUAAAACGCAUUUGUCGUGAAGAAUGUGAGCUAUUGGAAAAUGAGCUUUGCCAAAAGGAAUACGCCAUUGCGAAAAGGCAUCCUGUAAUUGGUUUGGUCGGAGUUGAGGAUUGCGAAAAAAUUCCACAGCACAAGGAUUGCUCAACAUUAGGCAUAACAAUUGAGGUAGAUGAAACCGAAGACUGUUAUUGGGAAGAUGGCUCAAGUUACAGAGGAGUUCAGAACGUCAGUUCAUCGGGAAAAUCAUGCUUAAGAUGGUCUUGGUUAAUGAAGGAAAUUUCCGACUUUCCAGAACUUAUCGGACAGAAUUAUUGCAGAAACCCAGGAAGCGCUGAGAAGAGCCCAUGGUGUUUUGUUGAUGACAGAUCAUUAGAUCGAAACAUCGAGCCUUGCGGCAUUCCCAAAUGUGUAGACAAAAUCUGGCUAAGCAUUAUUUCCAUAUUAGGAUUGACGGCUUUAUUUGUCAUUGUCAUAUUUUUGAUGGUUCUGUUUAGAAGAAAAAGUUCUCGUGGCAUGAAAAAUAUACAAAAUAUAAACACACCGAAUGCUGGAAAUAAUAUAUAUGGAAAUUCACAAUCAAACACAAACCAAGAUGCCGGCGGUAGAGUGAUAUUGAAUAGUUCCAUGGAACAUGUGGGCAUGCCAUCUAAAAAUAUUGAAAAAAAUGGACUACUAAGAAUACCACACUUUACAUUACAAGAUGUAGAAUUCUUUGAAGAAUUAGGCGAAGGAGCAUUUGGCAAGGUGUAUAAGGGACAACUAACACAAACAAAUAAGAAAGUUGUAAAUGUCGCCAUCAAGGCUUUAAAAGAAAAUGCAUCUGUGAAAACCCAACAAGAUUUCAGACGUGAGAUCGAACUAAUAUCAGACCUCAAGCACCAAAACAUUGUUUGCAUACUGGGAGUUAUUUUAAACAAGGAGCCAUUUUGUAUGCUUUUCGAAUAUAUGGCUAAUGGUGACUUACAUGAGUUUCUAAUCUCAAACUCGCCGGUUGAGAAGAAAUCAUUGCUACAAUUGGAAUUUCUGCAAAUAGCAAUGCAGAUCAGUGAAGGAAUGGAGUACUUAUCAGGACAUCACUAUGUUCAUCGUGAUUUAGCAGCGCGAAACUGUUUGGUCAACGAAGGGUUAAUUGUGAAAAUUUCCGAUUUCGGAUUGUCGAGGGAUAUAUACAGUUCCGACUAUUAUAGAGUCCAAUCGAAAUCUUUACUUCCUGUUCGCUGGAUGCCCUCCGAGUCCAUACUUUAUGGAAAAUUUACCACUGAAAGUGAUAUUUGGUCAUUUGGAGUUGUCCUUUGGGAAAUCUAUAGUUAUGGCAUGCAGCCGUACUAUGGAUACAGCAAUCCGGAGGUGAUACAUCUAAUAAGAUCCCGCCAAUUACUCUCCUGUCCAGAAAAUUGUCCAACUGCGGUGUAUUCAUUAAUGAUUGAAUGUUGGCAUGAGCAAGCCGUGAAGCGUCCCACAUUUGCAGAUAUAUCACAUAGAUUAAAGACUUGGUAUGAAGGCCAUAUUAAAAUCAGCAAUCAAACUCCUAAAUAAUCAUAGAAGCAUAUAUAACACGUACAUACUUGUAUAAGAAAUAAAUAAUAAUUUCAACUAUUUUA